AAGAAGUCUUAAAAAAAACACGAGAAGAGUGCGGAUGAACAUUUUGUCUUUCGUUUUAUUGUUUACAGAGAGAGGUCGAGACUUAGGGUUUGGUGUUUUGCGAAUUAGGGUUUGUAAUUGGAUCUCCUUCUUCACCGUCAGAUCCACCACCUUCGUCUUCUCUUUCUCGCUAUGACGGACGGCUUCUGGAAUCGGCAGAAGCAGCCAAUGCACCCUUCUUCCGCCAUGCUCAAACGUCCUCGCACUGAAUACGACAUGUCACUUUCUGGUAUGACUUCAGUGGGAAAUGAGAUGCAUAAUUAUAUUGCCCGAGAUGAAGACCAUAUUGGUCAUCGAAUGCUGAAGGACACUAAGACACUUGGAUCUGCUUAUGACCGCUACCUUCAGAGCACAGGGCAGCAGCAGCAGCUUACUUCGUUUAAUUCUGGGGAAGGCAGUGCAAUUGGUGGUGUUGGAUUGGCAAGAGGUGUUGGUGGGUUGCCAAGCCAUUCACUAACUGAUCCUGCUGUCAUGGGGCAUCCUGGUGGUGGUCCUGACCUUGCACGAAAUGGACGGAACGUCAAUUAUGGUGGUCAGUUACCAGUUGAUGCAGCUUCCAGGCCUGGACCUGAGACUGUACCUCUACCCCCAGAUGCUUCAAGUACUUUAUAUGUUGAAGGUCUCCCAUCUGACAGCACUAGAAGGGAAGUGGCUCAUAUUUUUCGCCCUUUUGUUGGAUAUAGAGAAGUAAGACUCGUGAGCAAAGAAUCCAAACAUCGUGGGGGUGAUCCUCUAAUCCUUUGUUUUGUGGAUUUUGCAAAUCCGGCUUGUGCAGCAACAGCUCUGAGUGCAUUGCAAGGUUACAAAGUUGAUGAACUCAAUCCCGAGUCUAGCCACUUACGACUUCAGUUUUCUCGGUUUCCUGGUCCCAGAUCUGGACCUGGACCUCGUGGCAAGAGAUGAGCUGGUUCACCCAAGGCAUUUAGGUUUUAUGCUUAUCACAAUGCCUCAAGUGUUCCUUUUACCCAUAUCGUUCUAGGGUGAGAAAAUUCAUGAAUCAAUGUUCACCACAUGCAAAUUUAGUAUCUCCCUCCUACUUACAGAUCGUGAGGUGCACAUAAUAUUUUAACAGGAUGAGAUCAAAGUACAAAAUUGCAUUUGAGCAAAUCUAACAUGGAGAUUUUGGGGAUUGUUUUAGUCAAUUUACUGUGUUGUACAAAUAUUGAUAAUUUAUGUAUGAACAAUGUCAUAUCGUAGCAUUUGCUUUUUGUUGCGCAAAUAAAGAUUUAAUUGUAGUA